CGGUGCGGUACAUCAAUAGCGGUAACACCUGUUUACGUUGAUGUUUAGAAUAUGGACGAUACUGAAUCGGAGCUGAAUAUUCCAGUGGAGGACUGGAAUGAACCUACUUCAGAGAAAGAGAAAAGUCAUAGCAGUAUUAAAUCCACCAGUUUGCUCCAUGUUCCUCCCCCUGAACGAUAUUCUAAAGAAAAUGGAUUUCAUAUUUCCACGAGACUAUCCCUGAAUGCUAUUAGAGAUGCUUUGCUGCAUCAUCGCUGGCAAGAGGCUGCACAGUAUAUGUCAACUUACACUGAAACACUGGAAGACUCCUCAAUCCGCAAGCAGUUACUAGCUUGUGAGAUUAUUUGGAGACUUGGUACCGUGAUCCUACAGCAUCAUCCAAACAGCCAAUUUGAGGAUUUCAAUGCUUUGUAUGAACAUAUGAAGAAUGCUGGAGUGAAAAAUUAUUCCAAGAUUUGUUUGGAGCACGCUUUCUAUCUUUUGUUGAAUGGCCAUAUUGAAGAUGCCAAGCAACGCCUAUCCGUUGCAGCAAGCUGGAGAUAUGGCAAACAGUCUGCAGGUCAAUCUCUGGGUCUGAAGCUUAUCCAUGCAUACGCUGGCCUUCUAGAUUACUUGACCUGGUCUGCAAAGAGGUCCUCUGUCUCUGAAGCAGAGGAUUCCGGUACUACCACAGAGAUGCACAGCUACUUCAGACAAGCCUUAGUGACCCUGCAGGAGAUCAUCAAACAGCCAGGCAUUUGGGACCCUUUUGUACUGAGUUGCAUAGAUAUGAUGGAGUUCUACAAUGAUGAAGAAGGAGCUCUGAAGCUGCUUGAGAGCUAUGCUUAUGACAAGGAUUUUCCUUCAAACCCCAACGCUCAUGUUUACUUGUACCAACAUCUAAAGAAGCACGGGGCUCCACCAGCCAAACUCAUCAAAACUCUAAAGGUCCUGCAAUAUUUAGUCCCCAGUCAUGAGCUGAUGCUGGAGUAUUGCUCUCUGUUGCUGAACUCAGAAAACAAGGAAGAUCAGCAGGAGGCUCUUAGUGUUGUUAUGAAUCUUCUCGAGUAUGCUGGCUCGAAGACUGAUCUUAAUGCAUGGAGAUGUCUUUUGAAGAUUUUAAAGUGCCUCAAAAAUAAAUGUCAUAAAGAUGUUAUCAGGGAGGAGUGGGCGAAACGGAAAGACCUGUGGCUUGCUCUGUUUUACAAAAACUACCAUGGCAAAAAAGAUUCUAAAGAGAAUGUUCAACUUCUCCAUGUUAAAUCUGAAGUAAUUAAAGUCUUUGGUGUAUACAACAGAAGAUACACCUAUAUACAUGAUCUAGACGAAAAGAAGAAAAGUGAAAAAAUCAUGACGAAGUCAAGAAGUAAGAAAAAGCCUGCAAAAAGGUGAAAAGGGUGUUUGAAAUAAUGAUUUUAUUGUGGAAAUGUAUUACCAAUCUUCUUGUACCACUGGAUUUUAAGAACUUUCCAUGAGUAAUGCUGAUAUGUACAUGGAUCUGUAUGUGGAUAUGGAGGUGUAUUUAGGUUUUACAUGUUCAAGCCAUUCCAAAUCACUUUGCUCUUUUGUAUGCACUGAUUAUAUUAGUGUUUUAGUUAAAAUACAGCAAAAAAGUACAAAAUUUAGGCUUAUCUUAAAUGAACCUGCUUACAUUUUACUUUUUGUGUAUACAUAUAAUGUUGCUUUUAAACUUUUGGCAUGUAAAUAUAUUUUAGAAAGUACAUUUGCAAGCAAAAUAAAGAUUCUUGCGGGUU